CAUGGUACUAUUGGCUGUGAAGCCGUGUUGACACCUGAUAACGUUAACUAUGGAGAGUUUUACUGCUGCUUUCAAUUCUUCUACAUGCCCGAACGACAUCGUUUGUAUUUUAGAAACUACUUUCGUUAUUGUGGUAGCUUUUCUGACUUUGAUAUCAAAUAUUAUGAAUAUAGUUGUUCUGUUGACGACACCGGCCCUUCGAAACAGCCACGGCUACUUCUUGCUGUCUCUCAGCGUGGCUGAUUUAGGUAUUGGUGCCGUUGCUGCUCUGUCUAUCUACCCGUCCGCUACUCUCCAAAACAGUCCGGACUCCUGGCCGUACGGAGACACCGUUUGUUUGAUCUCGACAUACGCAAUGCAGAUUUGUCUCACAAACUCUGGACUCACAUUGACUUUUAUGAGUAUUGAGCGGUACAUAGCAGUCGCCCACCCACUCAAAUACUCAAGACUAGUAACGAAAAGAAAAACACUCCUGGUUAUCGCUAUAGGAUGGAUAAUCACAGUGUUGGUCUUCGGUGUCGGUGUUCGGAACCACAUCUAUUUCGGGUUUGUAUACACAUGCGUUCCACUACUGAAGGAUGGAUUUGUUGUUGUUUAUAUAGUUUUCUUUGUUGGAACCCUGCCUGGUCUUAUAGUUAUUGUCAUAACCUCAGUGAUUGUCAGAAAGAAAUUGGAGAAGAACGCCAAACAGUUUGCGAACCCUUCACAAUCCUCCUCGAGUCAAGACACCCAUUCAUCUCCUGGAACAUCACCCAGGACCAUCAAACUGUUCCGAAUGGUAAGGAUUAUGGCAGUCGCUGUAGUAGUUUGCUGGUUUCCAUUUUUCGGCUUACUUCUUAUAAACAUCUCCUUCGGUUUAUAUGUGCCCCAAGUAAUCUACUUUCUAACAUUCUGGAUGCUGGUUUCCAACGGUUAUGUCAACUCUUUCAUCUAUUUCGCCAUGAACAAAACAUUUCACAGCCGCGUUGAAGAGGUUUGGAAGCAACUUACUCCUUCGUGCUGUCGUCGAUUGAACGAGUUGGAAAAAAACUUAGACUGUACUUCCUGUAUCUGCAGCAAAGGCAUACAAGUGGAACUGAAUACAUCUGGGAACAAUACUAAUAAGACACGAGACAACUAUGUAAACUCUGUCGAACUUGUGAAAAUAAAAGUACAGGGUGUCGACAACGAGGGAUUUGGAAAGUGAACUUUGUGUCAACCGGACAACAACGGUUACUAUAAUGACACCAGGUGAAAAUCAAACUUGUAAAAAACUCUAAAGACCGCACCCGUGGGUUGUCUUAUUAUAAGAGAAGACUAUCUGUGUUUUGAUGUUUUGAUUGGUCCGAGGUGACUUUUGGCAACUGCACCUUUCGUUCGUCUGCAUAUGAAAGUAGGUGAAAGGUGAAGGUGGACGGGGAUUGAUCUGGGAUUGAGGCUACUCUCUGGCGUAAUUCACGAGCCUUGAAGUGCGACGUCAGGCUACUGUAAUGAGGUUUGGUGUAAAUCGAACGUAUACAAAACUCCAACACCGCAACCGUGUCCUAGAAAAUACUAUCAUCAAUUGAACUCUUUGAAACUCAAAGCAGAUACUUUUGUAAAAAAAUAGCAGCAUCUAUAUUAAGCUGAUAAUUUCAUAUUAAUUUGAAUAAUUCAAGAAAAAUCCUGUUUUGGUUUUAUGUCAUUGCUGUAAUUUAAGAAUAAUUAUAUUCAAGGUUAUUUCACGAUCUUUUCGUGACACACGAAAAGUUGGGACGUAGGGUACACAACUAAAAGUAGUUCCUGUCGGCCUUCCCAACAAGCACCAACUCGAUUCCAUUAAUGGGAAGAAGGCGCAUAGCACGUCAGGUGCUCACACGAACUUGUAUACUGCGCACAUUUUGCAGGCAGCCUACUACACAAAUUGAGCAUUUUUAAUGAAAAGGAAAACAACAUUCUCAAAAGAUUACAAGAUUCGCACAGAGGAAAGCAAAUGAUGAUAUAAAAUUAUAACUACAUCUAAUUCAGUCUAACGUGAGAGGGGACAAAUUUCCUCUUCGGACAGAAAACUCUAGCCGUGGGACAGCAUCCCCUAUGAAUAUUCUAACCCCCAGACCUAAUUGCGGGGGACAGAAUUCCCUGUGACACGGGCCACGUAUUUGGCUCGCAUGUUCUGCUGGAUUCAAAUCAGUGGUUUACUGCGUUUUAAUCAAAGAUUAUAGAGCGCCGCGUCUUGUGCCUUGCGGCGCUUGAUAACAUUUGGUUUUAAUGCAUUUAUUCUAAUAUCAUCAAUACAUAAAUGUAUCAUGACAAGUUUUAACAUUCCCAUGUUUCACGUAAGAUGUUAGUGUUACACAUGAACAGAAUGAGUUGCUCAAUAUUCAACCGAUUGUCAAUAGCCAUGCGGUUGGAAUAAAGCUAUACAUGGAAAACACUUUCGCAAUAUCACAUUUU